UUUUUUUUAAAUGACAGGACAAGAUAAUUAAAGGGGUGGAAGCUGAAUCAGGAUGGAACAAUCCCAGAGCAACGGAGGUGCAGAGGAAUGUUACAGCGGCGAAUCUGGAUGGACCAUGUAUAUUGGAUCCACCAUAGAUGAUUACGAUGAAGAUGAGGAUGUAGAUAACGACCAUACCCCUCAAGCUGAGGUGGAAGAUGAUGAAAGUGACGACUCCAUGGCGUCUGAUGCUUCUUCAGGCCCAAGUCACUAUGUAAAUCCAUGGGAGAAUAUUGAAGGAGGCUAUGGCAUGGCAGAAGAUCAGGAGCAAGAUGAGAAGUCUUUCCUGGCAAAGAAAGAAAACAACAGAACCAGAGUUAAGCAAAUAGCAGAAAGAAAGGAGGAAGACAAUGAAACGGUAUUCAUUGACGACGAAGGUGAGGCUCCAGAUCAAGACGAUGGCAAGGUGAGAAGAAAUUUCAGGAUGGGUAAAAGGAAAUAGUUGUAUCUCUGUGCUCAGUAGGUUGAUUGUUUCUUGGGUUUUAUUACCUGUAUUUCCAGAGUUGCGAUUAUAAUUACAAAAGCUUGAAGAUAUCGAAUGAGUGAAGAAAAGUCGUGUGUGUGUGUCUGUGUGUGUUCGCAAAGCUGAAAGUUUGUGUCUGUCUUGUUUAGCUUGGAUGUGUA